UAAAUAUAUAGUCGACUCCUUAAUCUUUUAAAUAGGUGAUAUAGCAUGGGUAUCUUUUAAAUUACAGAAAAAUUUUGUUACUUAUUUAUAGAAACAUAAAAUACAAAAAAAUUACAAACCAACAUUAUACCUGCGGAUCGAGAUAAAACAGACAAAUAUAAUUACCAAAAAACGGGUAUACAAGCAUAUGAUUACAAAGAACUGAACUUAUGCCAAAUCAACUUUUAAAUUGCUAUUAUCUUAUAAAAUAUAUUUUGAUUAAAAAUUUUAUAAAAAAAAUAUGAUUAGAAAGAAAAACACAAAUAUGAUUACAAAAAAAAAUAUAAAUAUAAAAAUUAAAUUUCUAAAAAAAUAAAAAUAAAAAAUAUAUCCGUUCUUUCACAAAAUCUAGUUAUAAAAUAAAAGAGAAAAAAACAGUAAAUGUUUUAAUUUUGACAUUAAAAAUAAAUUAAUUUAUUAAAAAAAUAGACCUGGUCCGGGAGAUUGAGUUAGUAGACGGUGGACAUACAUCCUUCCACGUUUGCUCUCUAUGGUUUGCUGUUGCUGCGAUCAAAGCGACGGAAACGAUUUCCUCACCGAAUCUCUCAUUGUCGUCGGAUCUUCCGAUCAAUCAACAACCACCAUCUCGCCAUUGAAUUCUCACUUCAUGGCACUUACAUGCCGUGACACACUACGCCUUAUCUUCCAGAGGCUCACCGUCGCCGAUCUAGCGCGUGCGAGCUGCGUUUGCAGAGUUUGGAACUCCGUUGCCACAGAGAACGAUCUGGUGGCGUCUGCUUUCACGGCGCCAUGGCGGAUCAAGGACCUUGUGGGAAAACCGGCUUCAGGUGCGUUCUGGAGAGAUAACGGAAUCUGGAAAUUCGCCAUCUCUCAUCGCAUCUCUCGUGGUGAUAGCGUGACUAGCCUCGCCGUUAAGUAUUCCGUUCAGGUUAUGGACAUAAAGCGACUAAACAACAUGAUGAGCGACCAUGGGAUUUACUCAAGAGACAGACUGCUUAUUCCAAUAAGCAAUUCUGAAAUUCUCGUUGACACCACUUGCUACAUUGAGGUAGACAAGUACGCCAAACGUGAAGUAGCCGUACUUUACCUCGAAGGUGGACCAAAAAGAGAACAAUCUGCAUCUGGUAUGAAUCAUCUGUCCACUGUAUCAGCCCAUGGAAAGCGGAAGCUAAUUGAAUCUCUAAGGAGAAGCAUGCAAGUCGAUGAUGAAACUGCCCUGUAUUACUUGGCUAUCGCUGAAGGAAAUCCAAGAUCCGCAUUGUCUGAGUUCUCGGCUGAUCUCACGUGGGAGAGGCAAGCAGGUCUCAACUAGGCUUGGCAAAGUAAAGCUCUUGUAGCUCCAGUAUAUAGGGUGAGAGUCAAAAGAAGAUUGAUAUAAUUUCGUCAUUUGUGGGUUUGGUGACUUAGAUCAGUUCCGAACCUCACUCAAGUCCAGAUAUAUAGUAGCUGUUUGGUACCUUGAAAUACUUUGUCUUCCUAUAAACAAGAUACAUUAAACCAUGUUAGUACUAAUAAGUACAUAUAUACAUUCAAUUAUGUUCGUAUAUAAGCAUGAGCCUAUCAAUAUAAUGUUUUUCCAAGAAAGAAGAAUAUAUUUUAUGUUUGGUA